AUGAGUGGUACAGGGGUCAUGAUCCUCUCUUCAUUUCUAGCAUUGAUGGUUACGUACAUUCUUGUUACCUUGUACAAACAUAGAAAGGAGGUCCAAAGAGUAUCUCACAUACCUGGACGAAACUAUCCCUUCAAACUAUUGUUUAUCCUCUUUCACAAGAAUGACUUUUUCUGGAAUGAUAAAAAGCAAUAUCACAACUAUAAUGAAUUUGGUCCCUACUGGAGAAUUACAGUAGGAGACAAGACAAUCUUUCACACAUGCAAAUUGGAUCAUUACAAGGAAAUUGCCAUCACUAAAACAAAAUAUUUUGAAAAGGAUGAGGAAAAGUUUUUGGAAAUUCAACCUUGUGGACCAACCAACAAUGUUUUUGCAUCGAGAGGAGGAGAAUCUUGGAAGAGAUACAGAUCCAUAUCUUCAGUUAGCUUUACAGAUUCCAAACUUGCAAACUACAUGACUCCAAUUAAUGAUAUUGUAAAGAAUGUACUGACCUACGUUGAAAACAAUCAAAAGAAUGAAAUCAACCAUUUGGAUUGGAUUCGAAUUGUGUUGGAUGACAAGGAAGAAUUACCAGAGCUAUCCAGAAGGAACUUUCUGGCCGCUCAAAUGGUCUUGAUGAUUCCAAAAACGGUGAUUAUCACCUUGGGAAGAAUAAUUCCAGCUUGGUUGUGGAAGGAUGUCACAGAUUCUUCUGAAUUAUUCCGUACAUGGCCAGAGUACAUUAAGAAUUUAGUGUUGAGAGAAAAGGAAAGAUUGGUAGAGAAUAUUGAAAAUACUGGUCAGGCCUCAAUUGAUGUGGAUAGAGAUAAUUUCAUUACUCAACUUUUAAAGUAUGAAUCUCCAGAGUAUGGUAAAUUGAGCUUGGAUGAAGUUGUAUCUAAUACUCAUAUUGUUCUAUUGGCUGGUUCACGAACAACAGGCAUAAGUUCAAGUUGGCUUAUUUUCUUCUUGGCAAAACAUCCUCAAUACCAACAAAAGGUCUUUGAAGAAAUUCAAGACUUUGUCAACUCAUCCUCCUUCGAAACACGUGACUCUUCAUCCUCUCUCAAUUUGACUUUGAAAGAUAUUGAUAAUAAUUUUGAAUAUUUGAAAAUGGCCAUGAAUGAAACUUUACGUUUGCAAGCCUUGGAGCGCAACAGGAAUGGCGAGGCAUGGAAAAGGUACGACCGUGCCUAUUCUGCAUCUUCUACGUUACUAUUGCUCUCCAAGGAAAAUCCAGUCCCAGCAAAUUUGAGAAAAACUGUAAAAGAUAUAGUUUUGGAAGAUGGUAUUCUCCUUCCAAAGAACCUUCAAGUUUUAACAUUCCACGGUUUGAAUAAUUAUGACAAGAAGAUUUGGGGAGAAGAUGCUGAUGAAUUUCGUCCUGACAGAUUUACCGAGUACAACAAGAGAAUCAAAGAGGAUAAUUCUUUGAAUAAUAGAUUUGAAUUUGUACCAUUCUUUAUUGGUGGUCGUAGAUGUAUUGGAUACAAACUCGCUGAAUCUCAAAUGAUUGAUUAUGCUGCCAACUUGGUAUGGAAUUAUGAAAUGAGCCUAUCCGAUGAAAUGCAACGAACACCAAUCAUUGAAAGACAUGCCAUAGCUGUUGAACCAUCAACUCCACUCAUGGUUCGAUUCAAGCCAAGAGUCUUGCACCAAUAA